CUACUGGGCCAUUGCAGUCAAAGUAGGCUGACUUCAUUCUGGAUGAUCAGCUAGUUUCUACAGCUGCACCUCUGAAGACUCUUGUUUCAAAUAGAUGACUUCCAUUAUCUCGUACACAAUGGCUUCCCUGAACGGCUCCAGUUUGAAAUCAAUACUCAUCAUCUCUGUCCUUAUACCUCUCUCAUCGGCUUUCUGUCUCUACCCAGCCGUUGACGCGAAGGCUUCAUCUCAGCUAGUCAUCGACAAUGUGCAGAUGAUCAGCUCAUGCUGGGAUCUGCUCAACUGCUCUUUCGAGGACAUCAGAGACUGGCAGCCAGUCACGCGUCUUCAUUUCCUGCAGUAUAUGCAAGCCACGCAUUUCCCGAGACUCGGUUCGUCUGACCAGUUUCGAGACAUGGAGGGCAUAACCGAGUUCACGAUGCGUAAGGGAAUUGCUGGACGAGGGACGUGGGUCUCUCAUGUGGAAGCAGCAGCUAUCGAAGCUGUCGAACGUGCAGCGGCUAUAGUAUUAGGCUAUUCAAACGACCCUGGUCCCAACCCAGGUGUGAUCAGAUGGAUUAGUUUCUUCCGUGAGCAGCGCCGUGGAGGCCUUGGAGAUCGUCGAGAACAUGAUCAGAUAUGGUCUGUUGCAUCUCUGGUUGCCAUUGAGCAUGGCAUAAAUAGGGCAAAAAGCGCGAACGUGUCGGAUCCUACUGCAAGAGAGCUGUUCUGGGUUCAUGGGCUGAGAGUGCACCGUGAACUGAUGCAGAAUCGAUCGAUUAUCGUCUUCUUUGUGCGUGCUGCUCUCAUCUUCACCAACAAAUCAUUAGCUGUGACUAUUGAGCGCGCUCUUGAGUUUUUCACGCGUGUGAAUACGCCCGUGCCCAUGAAAUUGUGGUCAGAGGUCGUAUGGCAGGUUGGUGGUGUCCUCUUCGGAUAUCAUGUCGAAGGAAGUCCCAGAGAUUGGGAGCUAUUGCGGCGCAUUGCUAGCCAGUUCUGGGAGGAGUACCAGAAGGCUGCGGAAGACUAAAGAGCGAUCUAUAUAUAUUAUUGCACAUUUUAUGGGGCAGCACUACGGCAGAGCGCACACAAGAGCCAGGCGUUAUAUACGCACAGCGAGGAUAUGUUGCAGGGCAACUCUUAAAGUACAAUAGCAAGUUACUUCUCAUAAUAAAGUACGAUGUAUCUCUGGGCAUUUCAGGCAAACAAUAAUCA